CACCAUUGUUCAUUCAGCUUAUUAUACUCCUCUCAUCCAUCAGUUUAUCCUCUUUGAUCUUCAACUCAACUAUGUCGCAAACAAAAGAGAUGAUAGUAAUGUUUCCUUUCAUGGCACAGGGCCAUAUAAACCCUUUCCUAGCUUUAGCCCUUCGGAUAGAGAAAACAAACAAAUACACCAUAGCUUUUGUUAACACACCUUUAAAUAUCAAAAAACUCAGAUCAUCCAUCCCUUCUAACUCCUCCAUUCAUCUCCUCGAACUCCCUUUUAAUAGCUCAGAUUAUGGCCUCCCUCCUAAUUCCGAAAACAUGAAUUCUCUUCCUUAUCAUCUAAUUCUUAAUUUCUUUCAGGCUUCUUUGUCAUUGAAACCCGAUUUCAGGAAACUUAUCUCUAAUAUUAUCCAUCAGCAAAAUGGACAAAUACCAGUUUGUAUCAUCUCAGACUUGUUCUUAGGAUGGUGUGAAGAGAUAGCACAAGAGUUUGGUGUCUUUCAUGCUAUAUUUAUUUCCGGUGGUGGUUUUGGCUAUGCUUGUUACUACUCCCUGUGGCUAAACUUACCUCAUCGGAAUACAGAUUCUGAAGAGUUUGUAUUGCCGGAUUUUCCUGAAGCUCCUAGAUUUCAUGUUACUCAAAUGACAGAUGUUUUGAGAUAUGCGGAUGGUAGUGAUUCACUUUCAAGCUUUAUGAGAAAGGCGCUUUCUCAAUGGAGUAAAGCUGAUGGAAUAUUGUUCAACACGGUAGAGGGGAUUGACAAGCUUGGACUUACGUAUUUUAGGAGAAAGUUUGGUCGACAGGUUUGGUCAGUUGGCCCCCUCCUUUUGACUCCUGGAAGCCAAGCCCAAAGCAAAAGAGAUUUUGGAAUCUCCGAAGAGGAGUGUAAAAAUUGGCUUGAUAAGAAACCUGAGUGCUCAGUUCUCUAUGUUUCAUUUGGUUCACAGAACACAAUUGCUCCAUCACAAAUGAUGCAAUUGGCAAUGGCUUUAGAGGCUAGUGGGAAGAAUUUCAUAUGGGCUGUUAGGCCACCAUUAGGGUUUGACAUAAACUCUGAAUUUAGAGCAAAUGAGUGGUUGCCUGAAGGAUUCGAAGAAAGAAUCAGAGCCUCAGGACGUGGGCUCUUAGUGCAAAAAUGGGCACCCCAGGUGGAGAUUUUAUGUCAUAAAUCUGUAUCAGCAUUUUUGAGUCAUUGUGGAUGGAACUCUGUGCUUGAAUCACUGAGCCAUGGUGUGCCGAUGAUUGGGUGGCCGAUGGCAGCAGAGCAGUUUUAUAAUGUAAAAUUGUUGGAAGACAUGAUUGGAGUUUGUGUGGAGGUUGCUAGAGGGAAGAGUAGUGAGGUUUUUCAUGAAGAUAUAGUGGCAAAAAUUAAGUUGGUGAUGAAUGAAAGUGAGAAAGGAAAGGAAAUGAGAGAGAAAACACUGGAAGUUAAGGAGAUAAUCAACAAUGCAAUCAAAGAUGAGGAAAAUUCUAAAGGGUCUGCUAUUGAAGCCAUGGAUCAGUUCUUAAAUGCUGCAUUGGAUUUGAAGCUCAGGGGAAAAAGCAAAGGGGAAAUUCAACAAUGAGGUUUGAGUCUGUUGAAAAAUUAGAUUCAUAAUUUUAGUAAUUUGUGUUGUGAUAUUUUUUAAAAAAUUGAAUCAAGGAAAGGCCAAAGGACUAUUUCCCACCCAAGGUAUGCUAUUUUUCUAAAAUUCCCCCCGUUAACUUUGAAAAUCCCACCUAUGGAUGGUUAAAACUAACGGUUUCAAGGGUAAAAUCAUCAUAUUGUCUGUAUUAUUAAAAAUAAACUUAAAUUUGAUCUAAUUUUCCUCUCUAAACCCUAAAAAUUAACAAUUUUCCCCAACUCAAGUUUUAGAAAACAACAUUUUCCCCACUAAGGUUUUCAAUUUUUUAGAUUCAAUUUUUCGACGCCGUUUCUUCCUCUCCGAUGACCUGCAAGGGAUGCCUUUUCCUCUCUGACGCGGUCUCCUUCCUACGUCUCUCUUAGGAGUGAAAUUAUUAGUUUUUAGGGUUUAGGGAGAGAAAAUGAUAUAAUUAACGGACUUAGUUAAUUUUAAUAGCCUAUAGGUAAAUGAGAUUUUCAAAGUUAACCGGGGGAAGCUUGAAAAAUGCGCAUACUUUGGGUGGGAAAUAGUCCUUUGGCCUAAAGGAAAUAAUACACUGUGGUAUGUGAUAAUGAGCAAUAUUAUGGUAUUAAUUUUAAAUAUAUAAAUAAAUAUAUAUUUUUAUGUAUUA